GUGAUCGCGGUUUUGUUUGUGAAGCUAAAGGAACCACUAUCGGGCUGAUAAUAUCUGCAGCGGUUUGUCUGCUUUUUUAUCAGUUCGCACCCGUCCUUCAUACACAGAAUAUCGUUAUGCAGAAGGAAAGAAAGCUAUUCUGGCUGCCAACGUACAAUGCCGUUUUGCUGGAACAAUGGUUGAUCCUUGCGAGGAAAAACGAAGACGACGAUUCAGAAAAAAAAAAAAGAAGUCAAAGAUCAUCAUGUGCACAACUAUGUUCAGGGAGACUGAGCAAGAGAUGCGUCAGCUACUUGAGUCUAUAAAGAGUAUCAGCUUAGCGGAGAAGUAUGGAGGGAAACCCUUCGAAUGCCACAUUUUCUUUGACGGCGCUGUGGAGGAAUCAACGCCUACCACGUUUUUCAUGCAACUCAUUACAAUCAUCGAAUCAACACUAGAGCUAACUACUACACAGCCAAGGAAUGUGGAAGAACGCAUGAGAACGACACCGUAUGGGAUGGUUUGGGCACAUGCAAAUGACCAAUUGGAUCUGACAAUACACAUGAAAGACAACACAAAGGUGAAGAACAAAAAACGCUGGAGUCAGGUGAUGUACAUGUCAUAUGUACUAAAGAAAGUAAAGAUGCAAAUGAAAAAAGCUACCUCGCCGAUAGCUGCCAAUGACGAGACCUUCAUCCUAACCACGGAUGCUGACGUCAGCUUCACUUCGAACUCGGUGGAAGCUUUAAUCGAUCUGAUGACACGUGACCAUUCAGUGGGCGCGGUCUGUGCUAGGACACAUCCGUUGGGAAGAGGUCCUCUCGUCUGGUAUCACUUUGAGUACGCUAUUGGGCAUUGGUUUCAGAAGGCCGCGGAGCAAGUAAUAGGGUCAGUGUUGUGCUCUCCGGGAUGCUUCAGUGUUUAUCGUUGCAAUGCAAUCCGGGACAUUCUACCUGAGUAUGAAACCGACAUAAAACACGCGGAUGACUUCCUCACUAAGGAUAUGGGUGAGGACAGGUGGCUAUGUACACUUAUGGUAAAGUGCGGUUGGAAAAUCGAAUAUUGUGCGGCCGCUGAGAACAGCACUUAUUGCCCCGAUGACUUUGACGAGUUCUUCAAGCAGCGAAGGAGAUGGAUCGUCUCUACUCUCGCCAAUAUGAUGGUUUUCAUCGGCGAUUGGAGGACAGUUCGCGAGAAAAACCAUCACCUUUCAAUCUUGUUCAUCUUGUAUCAGCUACUUUUGAUGUUGUCAGCUCUGAUUGGACCAAGUUCUGUCAUUCUUGUCAUCUCAGGAGGUUUAAAUUACGCCUGGGACGUCAGCAGUGUUGAUAGCUUGAUCAUUCAGGGUAUAGUGUGUAUUGCAUACAUCAUCUGGUGUCUUCUAACGUCUUCAAAGAAACAGCUAUGGGUUUCCAAACUGUAUACUCUUGUGUACGCUGUAAUCAUGAGUGCCGUCGUUCUCGGUAUUGUCAUCCACGUCAUUUUGGACUUCAAAUCACAUGCAUCGCCGACUGAGGAUAUUAACGCCACAACAACAUUUAGACCUACAAAUAUCAGUCCAGAUAUUAAAUUCUCUGCUACCACUGUAUAUCUUGGCUUUAUGAUAACACUAUUUCUGCUGACCGGGCUGCUUCAUCUCAAGGAGUUUUUCAACCUAUUUCACGGCUUCUGGUACCUCCUUUUUCUGCCCGCCGGGUAUCUUAUAUUGACGCUCUACAGCAUCUGUAGCAUUACAGAUAUAACAUGGGGUACCCGCGAAGAGGGACAAAUGUCUGUUUCGUCUUCCAAUCUUCCUUGGUAUAGACAGUUUGGACAAUGUUUCAAGUGCGUUUCCUUAUCCUUCUUCAACGAACACGCUGACAUGAGUAUUCAGGCUAACCUACCCGCAGAAGAAGAGCUUCAACGAUUUGAUGGUGAAAUGAACGAUUCCAUGGUUAUGAAAGAUGUUGGCGAAGAAUCUGCUAGGUGCAUCAAAAAAGAGCAAGUUGACAAGUGUAUUCAGGCUAACCUACCUGCAGUAGGAUAUCGUCAUCCGUUUGAUGAUGAUGCUAACGAUUCCAUUGUUAUGGAAGAAGAGUUUGCUGGGUGCUUGAUCAAAAAACAAGCUGAAGAGAUAAUUCCGGCUAAUCAAACUACAGUAGUAGAAAUUCAUCCAGGUGAGGGUGAGAGGAACGAUUCCAUUUCAGAGGAAAACAACUCUGCUAGGUGUUUUAUCAAAACACAAGCUGAAGAAGGAAUUCAGGCUUAUCUACCUGCAGUAGUGAAAGGUCAACCAUGUGAGGGUGAGAGGAGUUCCAUUUCAGAGGAAAACAUCUCUGCUGUUACAGAGGGGACCUGUACAUUACAUAAAGAAGAAGAAGAAAAAGAAAAGGUUGCAAAAGAAGAAAAAGAAAAGGUUGCAAAAAAAGAAAAAGAAUUCUGGGAAAAGCUUAAAAAGCGGUGUCUAUUCCCGGAGCCCAUUGCUAUUGGAGAGCAAGAAGACUUGAAAGGUAAGCUAAGAGUCUUGAGAAACAAAUGGUUGAUGAUUUUCACUGUGUCAAACACAAUCUGGCUUGUCUUGAUCGCCACCCUUGCAAAAAAGGGUCACUUGCUCAGUGUCUUUGGAAGCGACCCUCUCGGUCUCGCUGUGCUUGUGCUGUUCAGCGCGGUAGUGAUCAUUCAGUUUUUGACCAUGCUGGUUCAUCGACUGAUUACUUUCACCCACUUUCUGGCCCGUGCGCCGUACACCUUUAGGGAGAGUUCCGUCUGUCAACAACAAGCUGACCAUAAGAACCAAUCUGAAACUCAACCUGAUCGUGAACCGACCGAUGCCAAUGGAAUGAGCGUGAACAACGAACAUGCUAGUGAUAAGACGGCGAUCCAACAAGCCUGGGAGAGACUCGUUCACUUUGUGAGCACGGGAAAGUGCACAAAACAGGAUGAUGAGCAACCCGUUUUGGAGGAGAGCUGAAAAAGCUGCCAUAGUUGUUUUUCUUUCGUCAUCAAGGCAUGUCUCAAGUUAUUUUGGCAUUGUCCUAGCCAAAAUGGAUUUAACGCUCAUGGUUCCGUUGUAUUUUUGAGACAGCAAAUUUUGCCAAUUUUGAUAAUAAAAUAGACUUGUUUCAUGUAAGCAAUAGAUGUGUGAUGCAUUUAUAUUUUACAUCUUUACCGUCACAUUUAAAAGUAAAGAUGAAGCGGUUGCUUUAUGAACAUUAUUAAAAUUUGAAUUGUAAAAAUGUGUGUCGUUUGAAUAGUUAAAAUGUGUGUUGUGUUUAUUUUAUAAUUUUAUGUUUCUUUUUCUGUUUUAACGUAAUCAACAACGUUAUACAUAAUUGUUUAGUUGUAUUAGAAGAAUAUCGCUGAUAUAUACAUGUGAGCCGGAAUGAGAAAGAAUGUUCCCUAAGGUAUAAAAUGAAAACGCCGAUAAUACUAUAAACUACGUCAUUAGUACAAUGUUAAUAAUGUAUCGUAAUGUAUCUUAAUAUCUUCACUUAAUGCUUUAAGAUCAAUACGUAUAAGAUUCAUUUAUCAGACUCGAAGACUCUAGAUUCCAUACCAUUGUAUCAGAGACACAUUUCCAAUAUGAAGCCUAUAAUAAAAAUUCAGCAGUAGAUGAUUGCACAAGUAUAUAUAUAUAAUUGAACAUAUCAUAUCACUCGGAUAACACUUCAUGAAUAUAUUAUUCCCACUAUUAUCAUGUGAUUGUUUGUAUUCUAUAAAGCUAUUCAAGGAUAAUAAUUAUCACGCCUGAUGUUAAUGUGUUGUCUAUAAAACAAAAUAAUAUAUAUAUAGUAUUA